AGUCCGUAGCGGCUACGUGUCCGCUACAACGGCGUUCAUAGCUCGUGGCGGAUCUGCUAUGAUUUGGGAAAAAGAGGUGCAUAUGUACGUUAUUUGAAGAAAACGCGGUAUUGUGGAUAUGAGCAGGGGACGCCGACACCCACACGGAGCUGUGUGCGACUGCGACGAUGUGUACUGGAAUCUAAGAUGUUGAAGAGACAUUCUCUUCAAGAAAGUUACUUUGUCUUACUUACUUGCGAUCCCAGACAGAAUCGGUGGAUGGCGCGCUUUCGAAACUACUCGUCGUAGUCAAGUUUAUCAUAUGGUGCAUGCCUUCUCGUCGAUGUGCUGGACGAAGUCAUGGUCAGUAAACUGCACAAAAAAAACUCACAUAUUUUGUCUGUUCAUGACUCUCACAGUUUUCAAAGUGUUCGCAUUGCUUGUCUUCUUCUCGGGUUUUUUACUCGCUCGUUUCGAGAUAUCCGAGAGAAGUUCUUGCGCGGACUUCCCAGCAGAACGGGCAGCAGCCCAUGAUGAUUGCUCUCUGCAUGAAAUAAAAUCUGUUGAGGGUACUUGCUGGAUUGAAAGUCCCGUACAGAAGAUAGUACUCCUCAUAAUUGAUGGUGCUCGUUUUGACUUCGCUGUAUCGAAGAGUCGCACCGAUCCAUCCCAUCACCGUGUUCAAGAACGUUAUUCUCUUAAUUCGAUACCCGAGAUCAUAGAUGAAGCCCAGGGAGCCGCAGAGCUUUACAGAUUCGUGGCAGAUCCUCCUACCACCACUCAACAACGCCUGAAAGGUUUACUUACCGGUGGUCUGCCGACCUUCAUAGAAGUUGGUAAUAGUUUCGGUGCAUCGGAGCUCGUAGAGGAUAACAUCAUAGCUCAGGCCGCUGCGGCUGGUCGUCGAAUAGCUUUGUCUGGCGAUGACACCUGGCUGGAGCUAUUUCGUCCUGAACACUUUGCUGCUGGAAUAUCGGUUUAUCCAUCUUUCAAUGUUAGAGAUUUGGACAGUGUUGACCAUGGUGUUAGACAACACUUGACGUCAUCGCUCCAGCAUCCAGAUCAGUGGGAUAUGCUCAUCGGACAUUUUCUCGGAGUCGAUCAUGCCGGGCACACUUUCGGGGUUGAAAGCUCAGCAAUGGCUCGCAAACUCGAAGAAUACGACGCUGAUAUCCGGACCAUGAUUGCUGCUAUGAAAGCAGAUCAAUCUUUUAACAGCACGCUGUUAAUUGUAAUGGGAGAUCAUGGUAUGACAAAAAAUGGGGACCACGGUGGAUGCACUGCAGAGGAAACAGACUCUUUUGUUCUUGUGCUUCACCCCUGGGCAAAUGCUGAUGUCGGGGGCUGGAUAGACCACAGUGAACUGUUUUCACCUCGGCGCACUUUUCAAGAGGAAUAUGAAUCCAUGCCUCAAGUUAAUUUCGCUCCGACCAUUGCUCUAAUUUUUGGAUUGCCCAUACCAUUUGGUAGUGUUGGCUAUGUUCCAAGGCGUUUUUGGGAAAUUGCAAAUGCAAACCCAAUGAAUAGUCUUUCUGAUAGUAAAUCUUGCGCUACCAUGGGUUUCACGAAUGUCUCAGAGAGGAUAGAAGAGCAGUAUUAUCAUGUCUUAAAAGUGACAUCUGCUCAGGUUUGGCGUUACCUGCAUCACUAUGCCGGGGCAACUUCCAAUCAUUUUAGCAUUGCAGACUGGUCACUGCUUUCAGAUUUAUAUGACUCUGCCAAUAAAGAAAAUAUCUCAUCACGUGUUGCGACAAAGCACCUUAUGAAUUUCAUGCACACUGCAGCUAAAAUUGCUCGAGGACGAUGGAUACAUUUCAGACUGGUGAACAUUGUUUUUGGCAUAACAUUGCUUGCCUUAUCCAUAUCUGUCCAGUCUCUCGCUUUGCGCAUAUACCGCUCCAACUUUCUGUCACCUUCGUCAGACCUCGUUGGAAGAAGGUGCAUAAAAAAGAUAGUAUCUUUCACCAAUUCUCUUGAUAUUCUCGAUCAGGAUGAACUUCGUCGAAUGCGUUCGUUGGAACCUUUAUCAACGUCUUUGCUGAUGGCCUUAGGUUUAUGUAGCAAAUUCUCAAAUAGUUUUAUAGAUGCAGAAGCUGACGUCGCCCACUUCUUUUUUGCUUCAUUUGUGUUUCUUCUCACGGUUAAAUCCUGCUCUUCUGCAGGGCUACUGUGCUACACCAGAUCCGGCAGAUUCGGAGGAGCAGUAGCUGCAACAGGGCUAAUGCUUUGUAACUUCACUUCUCGCAAUUUGUGUGCCUCGUGGGCUAAAAGUGUACAUAACGUUGCUGGCAAGCAGUCCCAGAUCGAGCUGAACAGAAUUUCAGCGUAUGUAUAUCCACACGGCAGUCUCGCCAUAGCAUGCGUUUUAGCACCGCUAGCACUGCUGCCAUUUGUUAUACACUGUGCAAUAGGUCCGAUAUAUCGAGGGAUAUUUCGAUUUAUCAUUGCGAAUAGUUUAACAGCUGUCGGCGUAAAAUACCUUUUUCUUGGAAAGGCACUACAAAAUGCUUUUGGAUUGCUGUCGAGCAAUGCCUACGGUCUUCUUAGUUUGGCGGGUACAACGUUUCCAUUCAAGUUUGUCUACAUGGCCUCGUUUGUGUUAUUUUCGUUCACAUUGAUAACAGCUUUUCGUGCACGUUCUGUGAAUGCUGCGGUUUUUGGCGUGUCAAACAGCACUUUAGUUACCUUGGUUCCUGCGUUGAUCAUGAUUUCUGGUGACCAAGGAUUCAUUUGGAGUUUUCUUGCUCUCACUGAGUUUGCGUUUUUGUCGCUCGCCCUCCGAAGUGACAUUCCGGUCUUCAGCUCUACAGACAUACCAAGAGAACUUACUCUUACAUGUUUUCUCCUCGUACUGAAUAUGCAGCUUUUUGCUGCAAGUGGUCACAGGAAUGCAUUUGAUGGACUGCACUUUGAUCGUGCUUUUACUGGAUUCACGGAGUUCAACCUAAUCUUGAUGGCUACUAUUCUCGCAGUGAACACUUGGUCGUCUGAUAUCGUUGCUGCCUUUUUCCUCCCUGUUGCAGCUGCUCUUCUCUUAGCUCAGUCCCGUGAAAAAAUAUCCACUUUCCACAUUUCUUUCCGCAAAGCACUUGCUCGAUUAGCACUCAGGUACGGUCUGCUGCGCGCUAUUGGUAUCCUGUCCGGCAGUAUAUUUGUCGCAGUGGAGCGUCAUCACCUGAUGCUAUGGGCGACCUUUGCACCUAUGAUUACCAUCCAGGCUUUUGGUUUCUUAUUUAGCGAGUUCCUUACAAUUUUCAUACUUUCGAUCGGUUUGACUGUUUGUGGAUGACUUGCUCCGUCACUAUCACAGGAGAAUAGCAGUCGGUUAUACCAGCGAGUUCUCGUCGAAAGAUUAUGUUUGGUGAACGUAGCUGCUUCGAGCUAGGGAAAUAUCGAUAAGUAGGGAAGUUUACUUUUGAC